UUCGGUAAUUAUGAAAAGCUUAAACAACGACAGGUUUCAACAAAAACCGCCUUUGUAUCCUUUACUAAUUACGUACAAACCUUAAUGCAUUGCUCAUCCUCCCCAUUCACGGCAGCUCAUCCUCCACACCCUAAUUUCUAAUCCCACUCCCUCCACCGCCACGUCUCGUAUCGGACACCCAACCCCUCCGAAUCUCCAUCCCGGACACACCCAGCCAAUCCCAAAAAACCACCCACCCCAUCUCCUUCUCGCUCCUCUAAAAAGAAAACUCCAGAAACCCCUCCGCUUCUCUUUGAUGCCUCUCUCAACAACCCGAAUCUCGGCCCAUUCCUCCUUAAAUUGGCUCGCGACACCAUUGCCUCGGGCGAUGGGCCCUCCAAGGCCCUCGACUUCGCCAUCCGGGCCUCCAAGUCCUUCGAGCGUUGCGUCGGCAAGGGAGAGCCCAGCCUCGACCUCGCCAUGAGCCUCCACAUCCUCGCCGCCAUCUACUGCAGCCUCGGACACUUUGAAGAAGUCGUCCCCGUCCUCGAACGCGCUAUUGAAGUCCCUAACGUCGAAUGCGGCGCCGAUGACGCCCUCGCCGCCUUUUCAGGCAACAUGCAGCUUGACGAAACCUUCUCCAUGCUCGGCCAGGUCAAUAGAUCCAUCUCCUGCUACAACCAAGGCCUCCAGAUCCAGAUCCAAGCCCUCUGCAACUCCUUUGUGCUGUGCUCGAUGGUAUAGAGCACACGUAUUCAGUUUCUUCUCCUACCCAAAAAGGUUGAAGUUAGAUGACAAAGAAAUUAACACUAGUGAUUUUUGGAAGAGACAAAUAAUUAUUGCCAGUAUGCAUAAGCGACCUGCCAGUUUUGGGAUUUAUGUGUCUGCAAAGGAGCUGUCAUUGAAGGUGGCAAUAUCAGAAGGGUACAUAAUUAGUGAAUUCAUGGCUUGUGCAAUUUCAAGUCAAAGUUCGGUCAAUUUAUCAGAGUUGUGCUGUGUUGUGCAUGCAUUUUGGUCCUCUUUGUAAGCUGUAACUCUGCCACUGUGCCACUUUGGUGGGAGCCUUCAAACUUUUAUUAAUUAAAAAAUUAAUAUUCCAACCAGUUUAUUUAAAUGUCACUACUCACUUCUGUUAUUUUCUGUACCACAAAUGGUAUAUGCUAUCAAAGUCCUUCUCCAUAAGGACCAUAACCUCUCCAGUUUAUUUAAAUGUCAUUAUCCAAUGUGAGGCUUUGACAAUGGUGUGUGCCCAGGUCAUUGGAAACCAUGUUGUAGUUACAGUGGGUGGAUCAAAUGGUCAUUUUGAGCUUAAUGUGUUCAAGCCAAUGAUUGUUGGUUGUCUCCUGCAUUCGUUGAGAUUGCUUGGAGAUUCAACUGCUUCCUUUGAAAAGAAUUGUGUGAGAGGCAUUCAAGCUAAUAGGGAAAGAAUUUCAAAAUUACUGCAUGAGUCACUGAUGCUCGUCACAUCCUUAAACCCAGCUGCAACAGUUGCCAAGACAGCCCACAAAGAGGGGUGUACUCUUAAGGAAGGUGCAUUGAAACUCGGAGUGCUCAGCUCUGAAGAUUUCGACAAGCUUGUUCUAAUAAUUCCUUGUUUCAUCAUCGGCUACAUUUGAGGUGUGGGAAUAUCAAUUGGACAAAGCGGACUAAAUGCAAUAUCUGCGAUACAAAUAAGCCUGGCAUAAUGAGGGUGGUGUAAGGUAUUGGAUUGAAUUCUUUUAUAUACCUUCAUGAUGACUAUUUUGCAUGCUAGGAAGUGUAUAAAUAUUAAAAUUAAUUUUAUUUAAACAUAAUUAAACUUUAAAACAUUUUUAUAAAAUUAUAAGUGAAUAUCAUUAACCUCAUGACUUAAACAUGCUUUAUUUUUUAAAAUCUAUUAGAUAUUUAUUACAAUUUUUUAAAAUUGAAUUUAAUUAUUUUUUUUUAAAUUUAUUUUCAUGCAUGACUAAAGGUAUCUUUAGAUAUUUAAACAUAAUUAAUUAAUAUUUUUUUUAACAAAGUAAACUUUUUAGCCGUAAAAAAGUAAGCUUUUUAGACACUACGUACCAUUAGUUAUUUAUUUUUAAUCAAACACUACCAUUAUU